UGAUAAACCAAAUGAAUUUAAUUGUAAAGGGCGUUCUCUACGGGUAUGCAAGAACUUCGAGGGAGAUCGUUCUAGUAAAAAUUUCAGUGUCGAUUGCGACAACAUGAAGAUACUUGAUAUUAUUGGUUAACAUGAAGCUAUCAUCUUCAAUUGGAGUUUUCGUUAUAGCGCACUACAUUUCACAUGUUUGCAGUUCAGUACUAACAGGAAAAAGCCGAUGGUCGCCUAGUUUCUUAAGUCAAGUUCGUGACCUAUCGUGCGAGCCCGGAGAAGUCAGGAACAACGUCACAUUUCUCCAUGGCACUAAAUCCGGGAAUUUUACCAAAUUAGGAAAAGUGUCUGACUUGGAAGUAUGUAUGUUGUUAUGCUGUGAGCUGGACCGUUGUCAGGCUGCGUUUUUGGCGGGAAAGAUCUGCUACUCGGUUACUUGUUUCACAGAUAAUCAUUGCGCAACGGCGCCAGCGCUGAACAACAAAUGGCAGCCAGUGGUGGCGUUGGUAAAGCGAUUACAUAAAGCAGUUCAUGUAGAAGCUGCUCACAAUGGUAACACUAGCGCUAACGCAGACAAUGCUGGAAAAACUGAGGACAGUAGCAGCAGCAAGGAUGGAAAUAAGAAUGGCACACAGGCACAAACGAAGGCGCAUUUGAGCAAGUUUUUUAAAGAAGAGGAGAAGACAAGCAAAACGGAGCAGAACAGUGCGAGGGUAAAAAUACCAACUGGCGGAAUGGCGGAUACUGUUGAAUUGGAUGAGUUACAAAAACAUGAACAAGCUUCCUCAAAUAGAAAAGUUGCGCAUGAGCAGAGACACUCUUCUAAGUACAGUCUGGUGUCAGCAGCAGUGGCCACGUGUCUUAUGGCUUUUGUUCUUAGUGGAUGCGCGGUUGUGGCAGCAAGAGCACGCAAACGAAAAGAAAGCGUCAUGGAUUAUGCUCAAGUACCAGACACUCAAGAAUAAUAACGGAAAUGCGACACGACAU